AUGCCAUGCCAAACUGCCACUCAACCGUCCCAGCCGACCCAACUGACAUCCCGAAACAUCCACCAAUGCCUUGCGCUUUUGGAAAACCUUGAGCAACAGCGCCAGGCUAAGCGCACACGCUAUCCAACUCACGGUGCUGAAGAGCCUGACGAGGAUGCUGACUCCACCGCUCCUGUCUACGACAUGUUUCUCGAAUCGCAAGGACCUAACGGUAUUCACUCCAUGACCAAUUUCAGCCCCGCCGAAUUCAACUUACAGUGGUCCGAUGUUCGCAAUCAUGCCUUCAAGCAUUGGAAUGUGGGCUCUGGACGCAAAACAGAGGUGUCCGCCCGAGACAUGCUGCUCAUGCUCUUGACGCCUCUCAAACACUGCGGGACGUGGGACGUCGUAGCUGCCGUGUUCAAACAGAAGACGGCAACUUUCGAAAAGCGUGUGAAGACAUUCCUCAGAAAGUAUAUUCAGUCGAUCGGCGAGAAGUGGUCAAUGCUUCAACUGGUCUCAACCGCUCACCAUUUCCAGAGCAUUCCUUUCGCUCGCUAUGCAAUGGGCGAGACGUUUCAGCAAACCAACAUACCAUGUGGAUCCUACGCCGAGAAGAAGUAG